GGGAGGACGGACAAACUCGCCGCUCCCAGAGAUGCGAAAAACCCCAACGCCGACACGUGGAGGGGGAGCCAAGCGCCAGAGCCCCCGGACCAAAUUAACUACGAGCAGCUGCCUCGGCGUAGGCGAAGGCUGCGAGGUCUCGGGUUGCUCCGACGCCGGAGCUAAAACUGGAUCGGCCUUCGGAAAAAAAAAAAGAGGCGAGACACUGAGGAGCAGGAGGAGGAGCGAGGGCCGGACCGCGGGAAGCCCAGGCAGGGAAGUCCUGCGGCCGGUUGCUUUUUCUGCUCCAGCUCCCGGGCUGCAAACGUGAGACGGAAGCAGGAAUAACUUCUCCUGGUUUAUGUUUUUAUCCCCGUGGAGGAUUAAUCUUUGCCGCUAAUACAGCUUUUAACUCGGAAAGCACCUUAGAGGAAACCACGCCAGGAGCGCGUUUGGAAGAGAGAAACUGAAAGCGCUGAGCAGGGAGAGCGGCCGCUCCCCUGGUCGCGGCCAUCGCCCGGCUCGGGGCUCUUACCCUUCUCCCUGCCUGUAAAUAGCGUGGGGUUUCCUGCCUGCCCGGCUUGGAAGAGUAUUUACAGGAAAAUAUAAGAGUGUCGGGAAUCCACAAGUGAGGUUUUGGCUCUUCAGUUGGUCCUUUCGAAGCCCUGAGGAGCAGCCCGGCAGCACCCCUGGCACCAAACCACGGUAGCCGUUCAGCAGAUACGUUGGGUUUGCGUGGCUUGGCUGCGUUGCGGCACCCGUGCGGCCUACCCAUGAGCUCGGAUUUCCAGCAUUACAGUUUCAGGAUGCCGAACAUCGGGUUCCAAAACCUGCCUCUCAACAUAUACAUCGUGGUUUUCGGCACGGCCAUCUUCGUCUUCAUCCUCAGUUUGCUCUUCUGUUGCUACUUGAUCAGGCUCAGACAUCAAGCACACAAAGAGCUUUACGCCUACAAACAGGUUAUACUCAAGGAAAAGGUGAAGGAGCUGAACCUACACGAGAUCUGCGCCGUCUGCUUGGAGGAGUUCAAGCCCAAGGACGAGCUGGGGAUCUGUCCCUGCAAACAUGCCUUCCACAGAAAGUGCCUCAUCAAGUGGCUGGAGGUGCGGAAAGUCUGCCCGCUCUGCAACAUGCCGGUGCUGCAGCUGGCGCAGCUGCACGGGAAGCAGGACCCCGGCCCCCCCCAGGGCCCCCUCCCCGGCGCCCAGAACAUCGUAUAGCUCCGUGUGUCCCCCCCCCCAGGGCCUGCCCCGCCGCCGGCCCCGGGGACAACCAAAGCACUACGGUGGAGGGAGGGCCGGGGACGAACGAGGACCGAGGUGGGGAGCCUGGAGCACUUUAAGGAGGGGAGGGGGGGGGGCAUGUCCCCAUCGAGCCCCUGCACCCCAAAAAUCUGCCUCGGCGGAGCCGGGAUGGGGGGGGUGGAUCUCACACUUGAACCUGGGCUCAAUUCCUCGCUGGGAUUUGGGGGGGGGGGGGUGUGUUGUGUGUGGGGUGUCUUCCAUGAGGCACCUGCACGACAUCCUUCUUCCAGCGCGUCCCUUUGUGCGCUGGGACACCCAAUAUCCCCCCCCCCCCCCCCUUCCAAAAACACCCCUGGGGAUUUCUCCUAGCCCUGCUGCCCCCCCCCCCCCGCCAGCGCUGUCAAAACUGACACCCACAAAUGCAUGGAGAGGGGGGGGACACACCCACCCACCCCCCCCCAGAGCAUCACGGGGUCCUGCCCCGGCCUCUUCUUUAUCGGGGUGACUUUUGCCUUUGCGAUCCCUCCCCGGAAAAGCGGGGCCCGGCGGCACCCGCUGCUCCUCCAGAAGGGCUUAACCGGGGUGGGGAGUUGCGUGGGGGUGUCGGGGGUGCACAUCAUCCCCCCCCCCCCUCCAUUCUCCCCCCUCCUCAGCACGCUGGGCUACCUCAGCGGGGCCGGUAGCCCCCCCCCCCCCCCACACCGAGAGGCACGAGCCACGCGAACCAUCAGCUUCCUCCUCCCCAACGGCCUCGCUGGGGUAUGGGGGGAGCCAGAGCUGAGGGGGGGGGCAGACAAAAAUCCUGGCUUUUGGGUUCAUCCCAUCACUUUCUGCUUGACCUGGGGGGGGGGGGGGAAGGACACGUGAGCCGGCAGCAUUUCGCCUUGCCAAAACACCCCAAAAUCAACCAUCGAGCGCAAAAGUUGGGGGGGGGGGGGGGGGGGAGCUGUGCCACCCCCUCACCUCUCUGACCACCUCACAGGGAGAAUUUGGGCACCGUAGCAAACGCCCUGGUGUCCCCCUCCAGUUUUGCAACUCUUAGUCCCUUUUUUUUUUUUUUCCUUUUUUUUUUUUUUUUUGGGGGGGGGGGGGGGCAGGGUGUCAGUAUUACUUUCCUGGCCCUGCCCCCCCCCCCCCCCCCCCCCGGGCACAGGAUGGGGCGCGGGUGUCGUCCCCCUGCCCUGUAAAUACCGUGCGACUCCCAAGACUGUUUAUGGAGCGUGGAGCCUCAUAGACGUGUUUGUACACUACAAAUUCUGCAGCAGAAUAUUUUUUAAAACGUUGGCUGUUUUGGUUUUUGUUGUUGUUGUUGUUGGUUUGUUUUUUUUUCUUUGU